UAGUUUACCGACACACAUAUCUGAGAUCCACGUGGAGAUUAUAAAGUAGCAGUGAUAUUUAGACUCUCAGAGUUUCAGCAGUCAGACAGACAGGAGUAAACAUACACAGUAAAUAUAUCAAUACAAUACACAUUAUAAAGAAUAAAUAAUAAAUAAAAUCUGAUGGUUCUGAUGAAUUGAGAUUGUAUGGAGCCAGUAGUACAGGUGAAACACUGCGCCCUACUUCUCUGGAGCAGAACUACACAUUACUUUAAGGGGCGGUUCAGGAAGUCUGAUGCCAAAAAACCAAAACAAGGAGAGUUAACAGUUCCCUGAAGUGUUUCGGUUCUAGCGUUUCAACAGACGGAUCCUAAUGCCUGAUGUGGAAGACUAAUAUGUUCGGGGACUCGUCGCACGAUGUGAAAUGACGCUAAAGAUGCUUCCCAAUGUCUUGUGUGUUCUCCUCGUCUCCCAAGUACUGUCUGAGGCGCCACCAGCUCCACCAGCUCCACCAGCUCCACCACAGAACAUCCAUGUUGAUAAGUGGCAGCUGACAUGGAGUCCUGCCACUGACGAGGGAGAUGUCACCUACACCGCUCAGUACACCUACAGCAGCUUUGAGAGCAAUGUGUGGACAGAUGUACCAGGCUGCGUCCGUACAUCUUUAAAUUCAUGCAGUGUAAUUUCCACCAAAGCUGGGAGUGAGCAUGACUGUGUUAUGAUUCGUGUGCAAGCAGAGAGACGUGGGCUGACCUCGAAAGCAGUCAAAGCCUGUAGCAACCAUGGGGACACCUGUACUCCUGAUUUCAUUCUCACUGCAGGGCCUGGAUACCUUACUGUACGUUUGAGUACGAACAACACUUUAGCCUCGGAACAUGCAUACAAUGCACAGCACAGGGUUUACUAUGGCAAGGAAGGAGAGCCCCUGCAGGAUUAUAAAGAUGAUGUCGCCUCAAUGAUCAUCGAUAAGCUGCAGGAGGGACAGCGUUACUGUAUAAAGGUCCAGUAUAUGGUCUACCAUAUCCCGGUCGGACUGGCCACCUGCACCCAGUGUGAGGUCAUCCCAGAGUCAAGAAAGGACUCUCAACAAACGGUGAUAGCGGUAUCUGUGGUGGUUGUCGUCGUCCUGCUCCUCUUUCUGUUUCUUCCAAUAGCAUACUUCUUCAUCUUCCAAAGUGGGACAAUCAAAAAGUGGCUGCGACCUCCAUGCAAGAUCCCAGACUUCUUUCUCGAUCCAUUGCCGGAGCAUCUCCUUCCCAACACCAGCAGCAGCCCCCCCCCUAAGGAGCACUGCGAUGUCAUUUCUUCCAUUUUCCCAGAAGAGGUCAGAGAAUGAAAGCUGCUCUUUGUGGCCUUAUUAUGACGUGUAGGGAAGUGUUGACACUCUGCAGCCUGUGGCCCCCCUCACAUCUGCUUCUCCCUGAAGACAGACUUUCUGCUGGGAAGGAUUUCGUCGAAGUGAACAUUUUGAUUCCAAGUUAAAAAUGUGAUUGGGAGGUAAAGGAAGUCUAAUUUGAUCUAGACAUAGCCUUUUAACUCGAGGAGAGAAAUGGGAGCAAAGGGACUGAACCCCCCCUGUGUUAUUAUCCCCACUCUCAUUUGGGUCAAUAUGGCUGCAAGCAAAAUGUAACAUCAGCACUGAGGUCCAAAAAGAAGAAAGAUUUUCUGUGCCAGCAAACAAACUUCCAAGAUAAGUUCUGUUUGAACUUUUUAUGAGCCUACAUAUGUAAAAUAAUGUGUGUGUGUGUGUGUGUGUGUGUGUGCUUAUGCUGCUAAAGUGACAGAAAAAGAAAAGCACUUUGAACCAGAUUAUAACGCUCGUAGCAUUAACUAAGUUGGGUUUAGUUUUGCCCUAAAACAACAAACACACAGAAACAAUCCAACUCAAGAUUUUCUUUAUGUCUUUAAGGGUUCUUUAACCCCAACAUCUUUAAAUGUUGCACAGCUCCCUCAAAAUAAAUCAUUUGUUGAAUCUGUGAUCUGGGAGGAGUCUUUGUCUCAAACUCUUAUGAAUGAAUCAGAAAACACUUGACCUGAAGCCGUCAGCUGCGAGAGUUCAGAGUGAAGACUGAGGUCACUACUGGGAACUAUAACAACACGGGGAUUGAUCUUCAGUCCAUCUUAAAUCAUUAAAUGGACACAAGACGCUAAAGCAUUGGCACAUAGUUCUAUAUUUCUUAAAAACAAAGUCUUCAGUGUUCAUCUUUAUUCUGGAGUCAUACUAAACCUUAGUUCUGCACCUGUUGGACCAUGGGAACUACAAUGGGUUAGGGUCAGGGUUACAGUUACGUUUGUCUGGUUCUGCCAUGUCUUGAGUGUUUUAUACUAAUUUGAACAUUAUGUAACUAUUCUGAACUUUGUGUGAGGUGAUGAGUUUACAAUCGUGUGUCAGCUGGAUGUUGCAGGGUUUUGUCAAGUCAAAGCUUUUGAGUAAAAGUGCAUCUUAUUACAUAAUAAAAUGGUCUGAUAGCAAGGAGUGUCCUUUAAUACUGUUACUAUAGCACCAUCCUGGAUGACUUUUGAUGCCAAACCUAAUUC